AUGGCUGCUGUUGAUGCUGAGAGAGCCAGCAAACCUUUUGGAGGCAUAGCCGUUGUCUUUGGCUGUGAUUUCCGACAGAUAUUACCUGUUAUUCCCAAAGCUGGACGUCCGGAGAUUGUAGGAGCUGCUCUUAAUAAUUCACCACUAUGGGAACACUGCCAGGUAUUUCUCCUAUGGCGUAACAUGCGUCUUCAGACUGGCAACAGCGAUGAGCAGAAUAAAGAAAUAAGUGAGUUCAGUGAUUGGCAACUUAGAGUUGGUGAUGGUAAUGUCACUCCAAUUAGCAAAAAAGAGCACAUUUCAGAGGUAUUGUUCAAGUUACCUGGACAACAUGUUCUUCACUCGGAGGAAACACCAAUACAAGAUUUGAUUGAUGUGGUUUAUCCAGACUUUGACAAAAAUAUCGGUUCUCCUAAAUAUUUUAGCUCCCGCGCCAUCCUAACCCCGACAAAUGCUGUGGUCGAUGACAUAAACUAUGCCAUUCUUGAUAAGUUACCUGGACAGACUCACACAUUCUAUAGUCAAGAUUCUUUAGAAGACCAAGGCGUUGACGACAAUGAUUUUGACGAAUCAUUCCCCAUUGAAUAUCUUAACUCCUUGAAUAUGCCAUGCAUUCCUAAACACGAACUAAAGAUCAAGAUUGGAACGCCUGUUAUGCUGAUGAGGAAUCUAAAUCAAAUCAACGGCCUAUGCAAUGGAACUCGGAUGAUGGUUACUGGCUGCAAGAAGAACAGCAUUGAAUGUCAAAUAAUGUGCGGUUCAAAUAUUGGAUCCAAACACCUAAUACCCAGGAUAGAGAUGAUACCAACGGAGACACCGUGGCCUUUUGAUUUCAAGAGAACUCGGUUUCCUCUGCAGAUUUGUUUUGCUAUGACAAUAAACAAGAGCCAGGGUCAAUCACUUGAUACCGUGGGUAUUUUUCUUCCUAGACCUGUUUUUUGUCACGGUCAGUUAUAUGUUGCUAUAUCGCGGGUUACUUCUGCAGCAGGUCUUCAUAUAUUAGUCAUUGGUGAAGAUGGCAAAUCAUCUGACACUACCUCAAAUGUAGUUUUUCAGGAAGUAUUCUAUAACAUACCAUCUGUCGUUCGAUGUUAG